CCUUUCGAGCUGUCAAUCUAAGCCAUCAAGUAAAAGUGUACUGUUUAUUUCGAUAAGAAUCGAACAGUUAUAACUUAAAAAAACGAAUAUUUUAAGUUCAAUUAUGGUUAAAAAAUGUACUUAGUCAUUUUUUAAGCAAAGAGAUUAAUAAUAUUUGAGUGAAACUAUCCCUUUGUGUAAUUAAAAUAGCUUUUUACAAGAUAUAUUAAGUUAUAUACUUAAAAAUUAAAAAGUAAUUACUAACUUUAAAAAUGGGAAAUUAUAUUUCGAUCAAUUUAGAAGAUCAUUAUAGAAGAAAUGAAAAAUUUCUUCAAAAUUUAAAUGAAAUUGCAAUGGAAAGGCAAAUUCAAUUGAAGAAUCAAAUGGCUGAGAGACAGAGGGCUAUGGACUUGGCCAAAAGUCGAGAUUUAUGCCUUUGGUACUCAGUAUUUUAUGUAUCUGCUACGGCCGGCUUAUUUACUGGGUUUAGGAGAACAAAAAGGGCGUAUUUCUUAUUUCCUCUCCUGCCACUUACAUUUGUCAAUCUUUAUUAUUGGGAUCUUGCAUAUGGGAAUAAAAUGCAUCGUCUCAGAAUGGAAGCUGAGCACAUAAUGGCACAUGAAUCUGAUUUGUUAGAAGUGCCCUGUGGUCUGCCAACACCGUCCUCUAUCGAUCAACGUCGUUUGGAUCAGGAAGAGAGGAGCAAGAUUCAUCCUCCCCUCCCAUAAAGGAAUUAAUAAAUCACCAUGUACUAUUUGUGCCUUCACUGCUUAAUAGUUUAGAAAGCUGUGGAGAUAUGUCAAUGAGUGCGCUAGUUUGCUUCUUAAAAGUAAUCUCAAAAAUAUCGAAAUUCCUAACCGAAAGUAUUAAUUACUGAAUUCCUAAAUAUUAAAUGUUCAUAGAUCUAACUAUAUUUGGUAUAUUAUUGUAACAUAUACGCUUUAUUAAAACAAUAUUAAUUUUUGUUUUUGUUAAUAGGUUUUAUUAUGGCAUAUAUUUUUUUGAUAUUGUUGUUAUUAUACAAAUAUAUAAUAUAAGUUUUACGAUUUAGACAUCGAAAGUGUACUUUAUAUUCAAUUUACAACAAUUUUUUUUUUACUUUAGUUCUUAUUUAAGUAUAUAUUUUUAGACGCAAGUUGUGAUAUUACUUAACUUAAUUUUUGCAUAGUCGUAAUGUAUAUUAGAUUUUUUAUUAAUAUAUCAAUGAUGUAAUACAACAUAGUUAUGUAAUUGUGAUAUUUCACUUGUUCUUAAUAAAAUAAUUCAUAAGAUUUAUUGAUAAUAAUAACUUGUGAAUUCAACAAAUAAAUAUUAUUAGAUUCUAGUUAUUCAACGUUGAAAUGUCCUGUUUAUUCAAUACAUGUUACUUCAUUAAAGCAUAAAA